AUGUCUCCAGCAGUGGAGAGCAGCCUCUCUGCUGCACCAUCACUAUCCAACAUGCUGAGCAUGGGCAAGGUUGUUGAGGUCACACAGUCGGCCACAGAUAACGAGCAAGUGUCUGGUUGUCCCUCCGGUUGGACUCAGUUUGGCUCUCGCUGCUUCAUUUUCUAUCACCAGGGAAGGACAUGGAAUGAUGCAGAGCGUUUCUGCAUCUCUAUUGGUGGGAAUCUGGCCUCCAUCCACAGUGCUGAUGAAAAUGCCUUCCUCAGUGACCUGAUUUUCAGAGUGUCUGGUUCUCGCCUCCGUACCUGGAUUGGUGGCUAUGACGCAGUGAAGGAGGGAACAUGGUUUUGGAGUGAUGGUUCAAAGUUUAGCUACUUCCGCUGGUACAUCAGAGAGCCUAACAACCAUGGAGGAAGAGAACACUGCAUAGAGAUGAACUUUGGAGGAUUAUACUGGAAUGAUCUCCCUUGCUACCUUGGAAAACAUUUUGUUUGUGGCAAGGAUCUGUGA